GUGACUGAUAAAAGUGUACAUUAUUUUCAUUUAGCUAGGUGAUUUAUGCGGAAAAACCAGAAUUGACGAAAAUCACGAUAAGCGAACUUUGAAGUAGAUGUUACAUACUGAAAUACUUGUUUCGGAAAGCAGAGAUUUUGAUACAUUAUGACAAUAUUAUCAACUGGCGUGUACUCCUUUACUGUGAGCUCGACUGGUCACGUAAUACCAGCAGCAAUAGGCUCGGCGGCAGGUGCUGUAGUAACGGGUGUUAAAUUGAUGAUUCAGACAGAACCUUUAGCUGUAGCAUUAUCGUCUGCUGUGGGUACCGGGACUUCAACAGGGGCCAUUGCAGGUGCCCUUGUAAGCAAAACAGCAACCAGUGCAGGUAUUGGAGCAUUAAUUGGCGGUAUAUCUGCAGCAGGCAUGGGCUCUGUGGCGGCCGGUGGUAUUGCCAUGGCAACAGGACUGUUGGCGUCAAGCCCGUUAGGACUACUGACCGUGGGAACCAGUCACACGACGGAAGAAGGAAAUAUUUCACAAGAUUGCUGGAAACCAGUCAUUGGUGAUACUACACUAGAACCGUCAAAAGGCAUGAUGCUGAAGGAUCUGGUACGUCAUCCUAAUGUUAGCAGAGUUGAAGUUAAACAUGAAGGAUGUUUACCACAAAUCUUCAUUGAAAAUGUAUGGAAUGAAAAGUACGAAAUAGAAUAUGUCAUAUUACAAGACGAUGAUAAGAUGUAUUGUCAUGCAAAACUGCUGUAAUACACGCAGUAAUACAAAACGUUAACACUAUUUUAAUUUUGUUUAAAAAACAUUAUUUUAAGAUAAAAACAAACUUAUGCCUUACAUCCUAUCUAAGGAGUAAUUAAAUAGGCUAGAGUCAAUGCCAAAUGUAAGGAAACUUAGAACUGUGGGUUAAUAUACCAUAUGAGUCAACUAUUUUUACUCUUCUCCUUUUCUUUGAACAUUAUGUAUCACUCAGAUACUUUUUAAAAGGGAAGAGGCGUUUAAGAUUAAUUAUAUUGUUUUCAUAGGUAUUUUAUGGAUAAAAAAUCUGAAUUUAUUUACAAAUAUACGUAAAUGAUACCUGCACGGUGAAAGUUUUUUAUAUCAUAAAGGAUAAUUAUGCAAAUUUUGAAAUAAGUCUCUCUAGUGAUAUUUUGAAUAAGGCACUCAUUGCAAGGAAAUGGUCAAAUAAGCGUUUAAAAUGCGUGAGAUAGGAAACAGUUUUAAAAUUUUGAAAUAAAGCAAUCAUUCAGCAUACAGGCUCUUGUUAGCUGAAUGUUAUUCAUCGUUUCUUAACAAUAAUAAACAUGUAACAUUUUUUCGUAAGGAUGAUUUUACAUAUUAUCCAGUGUGACCUCAUCUCUGAAAAAGAAACCUUCUAAAGUCAUAGCUUUAGUUUUUAAACAUAACGGAAGUCCAAAACCGUAUGGUUAACCUCAUUUGGUUGACCAUAUCUUUUUUUAAGUAAUAUAAGCUGUUAGUUUAAAACUCAAUAAAACUGUAAUUUUGUGAUAUAUUUCUUUGUUUUAAUUUAUACAAAAGCAAAUUCUUUGGUGAAACUAAAUGUUGAACUAUUAUGUCUAUGAAUAUCAAAUGUUAUGAUUGUUUAUUCAAGAUGUGAAGAUAAAUAGGCUUCUGUUGUUUCUUUUAUCUGUUUUUCGAAAAUUGGCCUUUGUAUGACAUGUAACAGUUAUUUGUGUGAAGGUCAUUUUAGCUAAAUAUAUAUUUUAGUUGUUGUUUUUUACCUCAUUUAAUUCAUGAUAAUUAUAAUAGACUAAGUUUC